GCGUGCGGGGCGGCGUCCGGCGGUGGACGGCGGUGUCCAGGGCUGCGCGGCUCGGGGCGGGGCGCCAUGGUCCUCUACCCGGUGAUCCGGAGGCUGCGGAACAAGCGCGUGGUGCUGGCCAGCGCCUCCCCGCGCCGCCAGGAGAUCCUCAGCACCGCGGGUCUCAGGUUCGAGGUGGUGCCCUCCCGGUUUAAGGAGAAGCUGAACAAAGCCUCGUUCCCCACUCCUUACGCCUACGCCAUCGAGACCGCCAAGCAGAAGGCGCUGGACGUGGCCCGGAGGAUGCACCAGAAAGACCUCCGGGCCCCCGACAUCGUCAUCGGAGCCGACACCAUCGUGACGCUGCAGGGGCUGAUCUUGGAGAAGCCGGUGGACAAGCAGGAUGCCUACAGCAUGCUCUCCAGGUUGAACGGGAAGGAACACAGUGUGUUCACAGGCGUCACCAUCAUCCAGUGCUCCUGCCAAGACAGCCGGCUGGACAUGGAGAUCUCAGAAUUCCACGAGGAGACGCUGGUGAAGUUCUCGCAGCUGUCGGAGGAGCUGCUGUGGGAAUACAUCCACAGCGGGGAGCCCAUGGACAAGGCCGGCGGUUACGGGAUCCAGGCGCUGGGCGGGAUGCUGGUGGAGUACGUCCACGGAGACUUCCUCAACGUCGUGGGCUUCCCCCUGAACCACUUCUGCAAGAAGCUGGCGGAGCUGUACCUCACGCAGCCCAACGAGGACCUGCCGCCGGCCGAGCGCGACUCCAUCCCCGCCGUCGACACCUUCGAGAACCUCAGCGACGCGGAGGGCCGCGGCCAGGGCGGGGCCCCGGAGCAGGCCGACCGGCCGCGGGCUCUGGGCCGGAAGAACUCGGUUCCCAGCAGGAUGGACAGCCUGCCCCCGACGCCCCUCCUGGAACUCCUCGACGGCUUCAAAGCAUCCAAGGCCCUGUUCACCGCCUGCAAGAUGAAGGUGUUUGAUCUGUUGCAAGACGAAGCGCCCCUGGGUGCCGCGGAGAUCGCCCAGAGAAUCGAGGCCUCCGAGGGCGGGACCGGGCGGCUGCUGGAUGUGUGCGCGGCCCUGGGGUUGCUGGAGAAGACGGACAAAGGGUACAGCAACACUGAGCUGGCCGGCCUGUACCUGCCCUCGGACGGCAAGUACUCCCUGCACCCCCUCAUCGUCUACCUCGACGAGCACACCUGGGACUUCUUCACGGACCUGGAGUGCGCCGUCCGCGAGGGGACCAGCCGGCACCAGGGGGCCCAGGGGCGGACGGUGGACAGCCUGUUCCAGGACUGCUUCUACCAGAGCCAGGACCGGAAGCUGCAGUUCAUGAGGGCCAUGCACAGCCUCAGCAAGCUGACCGCCCGCCAGGUGGCCACGGCCUUCGACCUGUCUCGGUUCACCUCCGCCUGCGACCUGGGAGGCUGCACGGGAACCCUCGCCCACGAGCUCGCCCGGGCGUACCCCGGCCUGAAGGUGACCGUGUUCGACCUCCCGGAGGUCAUCAAGGACGUCUCGGGGUUCCAGCCCGACCACGCACGGGCUCCGCGGGUCAGCUUCGUGCCAGGCGACUUUUUCCAAGACAGCCUCCCGGAGGCCGACCUCUACAUCCUUUCCAGAAUCCUCCGCGAUUGGCCGGACGACAAGGCCCACGCGUUGCUGAGCCGGAUCUCGGGCAGCUGCAAGCCAGGCGGCUGCCUGCUGGUGGCAGAGACGGUGCUGGACGAGCAGAAGCGGGCGGCGCGGCCGGGGCUGCUGCAGUCGCUGGACCUGCUGGUGCAGUCGUGGGGCCGGGAGCGCAGCCUGGGCGAGUACGGGCGCCUGCUGCAGGCCCACGGCUUCGAGGUCGUGGGGGCCGCGCGCACGGGGACCAUCGUGGACGUCAUCCUGGCCACGCGCACCGCGCCCUGAGCCCCCCCCCCAGCCUGCCCUGAGCCCCCCAGCCUGCCCUCAGCCCCCCCAGCCUGCCCUGAGCCCCCCCAGCCUGCCCUCAGCUCCCCAGCCUGCCCUGAGUCCCCCAGCCUGCCCUGAGCCCCCCAGCCUGCCCUGAGCCCCCCAGCCUGCCCUGAGCCCCCCUAGCCUGCCCUCAGCCCCCCAGCCUGCCCUGAGCCCCCCUAGCCUGCCCUGAGCCCCCCCAGCCUGCCCUCAGCCCCCCAGCCUGCCCUAAGCCCCCCAGCCUGCCCUGAGCCCCCCUAGCCUGCCCUCAGCCCCCCCAGCCUGCCCUGAGCCCCCCCAGCCUGCCCUCAGCUCCCCAGCCUGCCCUGAGCCCCCCAGCCUGCCCUGAGCCCCCCCAGCCUGCCCUCAGCUCCCCAGCCUGCCCUGAGCCCCCCAGCCUGCCCUGAGCCCCCCCAGCCUGCCCUCAGCCCCCCAGCCUGCCCUAAGCCCCCCUAGCCUGCCCUGAGCCCCCCUAGCCUGCCCUGAGCCCCCCAGCCUUCCCUUAGCCCCCCCAGCCUGCCCUGAACCCCCCACCUGCCCUUAGCCCCCCGCCAGCCUGCCCUGAGUUCCCUCAGCCUGCCCUCAGCCCCCCCCAGCCUUCCCUGAGUUCCCCCAGCCUGCCCUGAACCCCCCCAGCCUGCCCUGAGCCCCUCAGCCUGCCCUCAGCCCCCCAGCCUGCCCUCAGCCCCCCCAACCUGCCCUCAGCCCCCCCAGCCUGCCCUGAGAACCCCCAGCCUGCCCUGAGCUCCCCAGCCUGCCCUGAGGGCCCCCCCAACCUGCCCAUCACAGGCACAGGCUCCCGGGGGGCAGGACGCAGACAGAAGGGGUGGUGAGCUCCGCGUGGGGCUGGACACCCAGUGGCUGCACUGGGAAAGGCCAGCCCAGCCCAGGUCCCUCCCUCACCGUCCCAGCCCUGACCUCUGACCUCUGCCCUGACCUCGCCCGGCAGGUGGCCACCUGCCCCGGGUGCUCCUCAGCGGGGGCCACCUCCUCGCUGCCCUGGCCGCCAGCCCCCUUCUCUCCUCUCCGGCCGGGUUCCGUGUCCCCGCGUGGCCACAGCCUCUGAUGGGCAGGCGCCCAAGGGGGACGGGCUCUCUGAUUGGCAGCCCCCCCCCCCAGGAGAUUUUCCAUCGGUUUUUAUGAAGAGCGCGGGAGGGCGAGGGAGAGACACAGAGAAACGCCCACGGGAGAGACCCGUCCGUGGGCUGCCUCGAGCCCGGGACCCUCCCUCCGCAGGCGGCGCUGUGACCAUUGAGCCACACGGGCCAGGGCUGACCUGGCGCCGUCAAAGCUCGGAGGGCGGGCGGGCGGGCGGGCGGGCGGAGGUCUCCUUUGGGCCACGUGGCCCGUUUCACCGACAAGGUUCCCCAGACGCCCCAGUGGGAGGCUCGGGCCCGUGCUGUGUUCCAGGCUGAGUGUCUGGUUUCUGAAAAGGGCCGAUUUCUAGACGGAAGCCUUGGGAACUCCUAUUAAUAGUUACCUCUGGCCCUGGCCAGUGUGGCUCAGUGGAUAGAGCGUCGGCCUGCGGACCUAAGGGUCCCGGGUUCGAUUCCGGCCAAGGGCACGUGCCCGGGUUGCGGGCUCGAUCUCUCCCUCAGUCGGGGCCGUGCAGGUGGCAGCCGGUCCAUGAUUCUCUCAUCGUUGAUGUUUCUAUCUCCCUCUCCCUUCCUCUCUGAAAGCAAUAAAAAAUAUAUUAAAAAAAGAAUAUUGUUUUUAAAAAGAUGUAAGCUACCAAAAAAAGAGCAAGUGAAUGCACGCACAUCCCUGUGUAUUUCAGGCCAAUAAGUGUGACCGGUGGUUUUACUCAGACAUAUCCGUUAUUGGGAAAAUUCCGGACUUUCAGAGAGGGAGCCUUACCUUCGAACAGGCCCCCUGCGGCCUUUGAUAUCUUACUCAGGCGUCCCAGCCAAAACCAGCAGAUUGUUAAACAUACAAUUAUCCGUGCAAGAAUGUAUUUUAUAUAGAAUUUGUAAAUUGUUUCACAAAUAAAGGUAUAUGUGUAUAUAUA